UCUAGUACAAUUUGUCAAGCGAAAUUGGCUUAGUUGUAUGUAUAGUUGAUUGAUUUACUUGUAUGAAUCCGUAAUUGUAAAUUUGUAUCUAUUUUAGUUCCUGUUGUAAACGUGUCGCUGCAUUUGGUUGGACCAAGUUCUAGUUUCAUUAAAGAGCAUUCUCGACAAACAAUCAAGUGUAAGACAUCACCUAGUCGACCACAACCUAAUGCAAGCUGGUUUCUUUAUGAAGCUAACAAUAAAGUUAAACAUAAAAUUACUAUCAAUUCAUCAAUACAGAUUAUUUCUAGCGGAGCUGGACUUGUAUCUGUUGAAAGUACCUUACAAAUUUAUCCAAAUAGAUCAAUAAACGAAUGGGUGCUGCAUUGUGAAGCGUGGACAAACAACGAAACCCGCACCCUUCAGAGCAAAGGAUUGACGUUAAAUAUUGCAUACCCCCCGGACAGGCCUCCUGUUAUUUUCGGAUUCGAGAACGGCGAAAAGUAUCCACUGAUAGAAUCAGAAAUUGGCAAGUUGUCUUGUUCUACACAUGGCGGGAAUCCACUUGCUAUUUUGACAUGGAAGUGCUAUAACAAUAAACCGGAAUCGACAACCAUUGAAGACAAAAACGUUUCCAGCACUGUUACAUGGUCAGGUUUACGUGAUCAAUCAUCUUGUACUUGUAUUUCAAAUCAUUCCUGGUCUGGGACAACACAAACUACGACAAUAGGGAUUGAUGUUCUUUACUCUCCAAGUAAACCAACAUUAACAAUCAACGAUACAGACGUUUCAAAUGUUAUUAACGUUAUACUGAACAACACCGUCUACGUUAAAUGCGAAAGUAAAAGCAAACCACACCCAACCUACUCAUGGACAGGUCCUGCCGACAUGCAAAGAACAAUACAAAUACUAAAUGUCACAAUUAAUGACACAAAAGACAGGAAGUAUAAAUGCAUUGCAACAAAUCGAAUGGUUAGACAAAAUGGUACAUACGUAGAUGGACGUAAUGAAUCUGGUGUUACAAUAAAGGUGCUGUAUCCACCUGGGAAGCCUUAUUUCAAAUAUGAAUAUAGCAAUGGCACAAAGGUUAGUACUCAAAACAUGAUAGACGUUAUAGCAGGAGACUCGUUUUCGGUACAUUGUCUUACAACAGGAAAUCCACAACCUACAAACAAGUGGGACAGUAAUGAAGGCAACGAUAUUUUAAAGAUAACUUCAAUUACUUUCGACACAAAUAAAACAUGCCAUGCAAUGUACACAAUGGAGGAAACAGUCGGUGAACGUCGAACAGGAUCGACAUCUGCGUCAUUUUUUAUCAGGGUUCUUUAUCCGCCACAUAUUCCUAAGUUCACGAUUUCGAACGGAACGAGACAAGUAAACGUCACAUCAGCGACUAUACAACUAAAAGAAACAGACAACAUCAAUAUGACCUGUUUUUCUGAUGGAAAACCUGUUCCAAAUUACACUUGGACUAGCCACAAUGCUCAAAUACAUGAAAAUAUACGGCAAUUUGCUAAUAUCAUUCGAAAGGAUGCCGGGAAGUACACAUGUAAUGUGAAUAACGUGAUGGAACGCAGUUUUGGUGACACUGAACAUGGGUUGAACGUUUCCAGCAUAUCUCUCGACAUAUUGUAUCCAUCAACCAUUUCAUCACUAGAAGACAUAAGUAUUCAUGAAGGUUCAGACCUAAAUGAAACAUGUCAAGUUCAGAAGGGAAACCCAACUAAAGAAAGUGUGUCAUGGACUAGAAUAAGUGAUGACAAGAAUUGGAAGAAUAGUCAACUGAUUAUAACUAAUGUUUCUAGAGCAGACGAUACAAAUUAUACAUGCACUUUACGAAGUACAAUCAUCCCAACAAUUGGUGACGAAACAUUGACUAUAAGAAGCAAAACAAUACAUCUAAAUGUUUUUUUUUCGUCAGAAAUUAAACAUUUUACUGUUGUUAAAGACAAGUCAAGUGGAACUUUUAUUGUUAACCAAAGAGAUGAAGUUUCAUUAGAAUGUACAGCAGAAGCUAACCCAGUCUCGAUUUUAUCUAUAUACAAUACACAUGGCAAGAGGAUAUGGACAGUAAAAAACAGAAAUGUGCUGCUUUACAGCAUUAAUAAUGCUUCGUUCGAAAACGCAGGCAAAUAUAAAUGUGAAGGCAGAAACAACUACACAAAAGAUAAACCAUCAGUAUCAGAACUGACAAUGAUUGUCAAAUGUUCACCACGACCGUCACGUGAUAGCAUAUUUCCUAAUAAGAUCGCAGCUGCUCAAUUUACAAACAAGACUUUGAAUUUUGUUGCCUAUGAAUACUUGGAUGAAGAAAAGAAAACAGAAUUUAUGUGGCUUCACAAAAAUAUUUCAAUCGAGAGAAAUGAUGAAAAAUUUGAAAUAAUUUCAAUUGGAUUGAAUUCUAGCCUUUCUGUUAGAAACAUUACACAAAUGGAUUUUGGAGAAUAUAGCGUCAAAGUUUCAAACACAAUAGGAGAGUAUAUUCAUCACUAUAUGUUGCAAGCAGAAGAUAAGCCAGAUGUGCCUAUAAAUUUAACGUACAAAUCCGGGUCAAUCACUAAAUCGUCAGUAACAUUGGUUUGGACUCCAGGUUUUGAUGGUGGCUUUCCACAGACUUUCAUUUUGUUAUAUCAGUACAAUCAGGAGGAGAAGUGGAAUAGUGUUCAAGUUCAGAAUACAAAUGAACAGGAAAUGAACUAUACCUUAACUGGCUUGUUGAGUUCGAAAGUGUAUAAUAUUGCAAUGUUUUCAAUGAAUAAAAAAGGGAACUCCCCCUAUACCAAGAAGCUUCAGAUCACAACUAAAAUGAACCUUAAAACAGCAGACUCACAAUCAUCAGAUAAUGUUGGCAUUAUAGGUGGAAGAAACUCGGUUUCUAAGAAGAAAAAAAGAACAAGUGUGACAAAACAUGAGAAAGAAACAACCUUCGAAGAUCUUCAAGAGGUUGAUGAUGUUCCAAAUAUAUUUAGUGAAAUCACUGAAUACUCAAAUUCUCCUGAAAUUAUUGAACAAAUAGAUAGAAUUGGAGUGUCGGAGUUGUACGCUUAUGUCUGUGGGCGCAAAGAUACAUUUGAAAUUGAGUACCAGCAGGGAAUGAAAUGUGAGCAGUACUGGCCAAAUGAGGCUUCUUUAUGUCAAUAUGGCCAAGUUACCGUGACAAGUAAAACUACUGAAGUUUUUGCAGAGUAUACAGUUAGAACAUUUACGGUUUUAAAG